UCCUGUUCUAACCAAAACACAAAAUUGAGUUGGUUAUGGUUCAAGAGUCCCAUUUGUCCCUCACAAACUUCCUCUCAGUGUUAAUAUGAGUCAGGAAAAAAAGGAAUAUAUGAAUACAAACCAGACUGGAUAGCUUAGCGCUCUUCUGGGGAUAAAAAGGAAAGAAAUGAAAUUUGGAAUGCAAUAUGUGAUACUGCUCUACWGGGAAUUUCAUGGACUGUCUUCAAAAAGGGAAGCCACUUCACUGCUCUGUGCUCAAACACAAAUGAAUUUAAUGUACACAUGCUCUGUAGGACAAAGAAGCUAAUUAUUUUUAGCUGCACUGAUGUCAUCGGAACUGASUUAUCCAAACUUAACUUGUUUAACCUGUUCUGACUCUUGUCGACUCACCUGCAAACAUUGCUGACUACAGCUCAGCAUUUAAGCACUGCCCAGUUACAGUAUGUACUUUAAGUGUAUUAUCUUUUUGUGUGUAACUGGUUGUGAUUUUCUAGAUAAAUUGUAUUCAUAUCCCUUGAAUGUUAUUGCAUUUUGUUGUGUUACAGGCAUUUUGCUGRGAUUUUAUGUAACAGUAUACAACAUAAAGUAGCAYGUAAAUAUGGACAAAAGUUUAAAACAAUAUUGAUUUAAAAUUUUWGUUAUUUUUUAAUACAAAUUUUACAAUUUUGGUAAUUUAGGGCUGUAUCGUGUAUCAGUUUCUACUGCUGAUACACUAAAAACCUGGGGUMAUUCUGGAUGGAGUUUCUGUAUUCUCCCUUUGCAUGCACGAGUAAUCUAGCUUCCUUAUACAGUCCAAAAAAUCACUGUUAUGUUAAUUGGUCUUUCUUGCCCUUAGGUAAGAGUCAGUUGCUGAGCAUGGUAAUUUGUCUUGAGUGUCUAAGGGAUGCUUUGUGAUGGACUGGGAACYUGUCUAGGCACUCGCCCAAAUCACUACCCUGCAAGGAUAAGUGGUAUAGACAUUGGAGUGAGUUUUAUUCAAACCCAUUAAGCUUUUUCAGACUAUGUUUAAAAGUAACAGUAAAACAACAUCUCAUUUCUCCCCUUUCACACUGAUCAACUGUAACUGGACAAAAUGUGAAAAAGUUCACCAAAUAUGAUUAUGUGCUUUAUGUCAAUUCCUGUGAAUAUAGAAAAAGUACAGAAACAAAGUUGCAAAGGUCAUAUUGGGAAGAUUAAUACGUUUAGCURACUUGACUUCAUUUGCUUUCUUAGCCUUUUUAUGCAGAUAAAAUGACCAUAUUUCUUUGUUAUAUCAUUAACAGACUUCCGUCUAUGUGCUGCAUUCAAGAGAUACAUGGAGUAUGCUUUCAAAGAGAAUUAUGAAGACAACUUAUCCAAAAAACAGACUAGAUUUGUCAGUUAUUCUUUGUCAUYCUGAAAAUAGUACCAUUGACUGUUCUGUUCAACAACUGAUGAUACUUUCAUGAGAGGUUUUUUUUUUGUUUUGCUUUUUUUAAUUACUGUUAUCAUUGAAAUAAUUGACGGUAGUAACAACAAAGCUUAAAUCCCCAAGGUUUUGCUAACUGUUUUUUAGUACAGAAGGUAGAGAUAAGAUACAAACACAAAAACUAGUUUAAUUUCAUCUUUACCACCCAAAAAUAGCUCGAACGUAUUGUUAUUCUUUAUUUUAAUUUGGCAUUUUUAGCAAACAUAUUCACAUGAAAUAGACUUUUCCGCGGUGCACUUGAAAGCAGCACAAAGGUCCCGCCGUGACGCCAGCUGAGGGAGGAACUCCCGACAGCACAAGUCAACCAGGAAACGAAGGCUGAUAACGCAGACGUACCGUCCUCUGCUGACGGUAUAGACGAAAGGAAUUAGUACUGUUUAAAGUACACGGUUUGAAUUUAAUUUCUAUAGUUAGUUAUAUACAGAGUAGAGGCAUGGCUUCCMUCUUCAAGAAGAAGACUGUCGAUGACGUCAUCAAGGAACAGUCUAAGGAGCUACGAAGCACUCAGAGACAGAUCACCAGGGACCGAGCAGCGCUGGAGAAGCAAGAGAAACAAAUGGAGUUGGAGAUCAAGAAAAUGGCUAAAAGCGGCAACAAGGAGGCUUGUAAGAUUCUUGCAAAGCAGUUAGUUCAGCUUAGGAAGCAGAAGAACCGGACGUACGCCGUGAGCUCCAAGGUUACCUCCAUGUCAACGCAAACUAAAGUCAUGAACUCUCAAAUGAAGAUGGCUGGUGCCAUGUCUACCACAGCCAAGACGAUGCAGGCCGUGAAUAAGAAAAUGGAUCCGCAGAAGACACUGAAAACCAUGCAGGACUUCCAGAAGGAGAACAUGAAGAUGGGKAUGACCGAGGACAUGAUCAACGACACUUUAGAUGACAUUUUUGAUGAAUCUGGGGAUGAAGAAGAAUCUCAGGACAUUGUCAACCAGGUCCUGGAUGAGAUCGGCAUUGAGAUCUCAGGGAAGAUGGUCAGAGCACCAGCUGCAGGAAAGAACGUCCCCGGUGCCACCGCUGCCUCCUCCAAAGGAGCCACCAUUUCCGACGACGAGAUCGAGAGACAACUUCGAGCUCUGGGAGUGGAUUAGUUCUGUUAUUGUUCAGGUUCUAAGCUGGUGCAACUCAAAACUGUUUGAUACGGACUCUUGUCGGAUGCACUAGUUCUGUCAUUGUUUAAAAGCUGCAUACACUAUUCUACACACACAAAGUCAAAGGCAAAAAGGCAGAAUUUUCUCACGUUGUUAUGCAUAUUGCCUUAAAGUUCAUUGGACGUGUAUUUAUGAAAAAAUAUUUAUUAUGAUACUGGAAAGGCCACAACUUGGCCCAAGAACUAUGGUAAUCUGCCUUUGGAAGGGCUAGAAAUGCAGUUUGGAAAUGUCUUUUCCAUUUGACUGUUAGCCAGCAUUUAGUUUGUCCUGUAAUCAGUGACUGAUGCUCUUUCUCCGGAAAGUUUUAAUGCAAGACUUGGUGAUUAAAAACAGCUUUGGGGUUGUCAAUAAACAGAUGGCUCUUGCCUUCUUUUUUUCAAAUCAUUUACCUGAUGUUUGUGUUGCUUUGGGUUCAUUUAAACCCAUCUGACUCGUUUUCUCUGAGUGGAACCACCUCCAUUAGAACUCCCAGUGGACAAUUUUGCUUUCUUUUAUCGCUUACAGGACAUUUACAGCCAGGUGUUAGAAUAACCAUCACUAACUUUGCCGCUAAAGUUUAAUUCAGGCUGGAAGACUGGCAUGAUUUUAAAUUAAUUGUCUGUUGAUGUAAAGUAAUUAAAUAAGGUUUUAUUUGGCUUCUAGGUUGUUUGAUUUAAUCAGCGAUUGCAGAAAAGCGCUGGCUCUGCAGUCUCUUUUCUCUCUCGGCUGCUGUGCAGUUACUUUCUUUAGGAAUCUUCAGCUGGCUCUUACAAAAGAAACUACACACACAUGCACACUACAGCUACAAAAUAAUGGACGCGUAUGUUGAAAUGACACUGUGAUUUCAAAUGUUUUAUGUCUGACUUKCUAACAAAGUGAAUUGUUAAUGUCAGCAGUUUCAGGCUCUGUGAGAGACRGUGAUGUCUGUUCAAUGAAACAUUGUAUCUUUCUCUCUCUGGCCGUUUAGUUCCACGUCGUUCAUUCAAAAUGAACUGAAAAUGUCAUUCUUGCACGCGUGUGACACACAUUGCCCAACACACUCCUCUGAGGUUUUGCUCAUCAUUUCUUCCUCUAUCAUGCACCAGUCUAACAUAACAGAUUUUGAUGAGUGCCGUUGCCUGGGUGGGAGUUUGUUUUCAAAGACAUGCGUACUCAUGUUUGUUUACUACUUUGUUAUUGUAAAUUGAUUCUGUAAAAGGUUUAUGGCUUUUAUAAGGAAUAAAGUUUCCUCAGGUACGAUUCUGA